CUGGGCCCGCAGGAGCUGCUGGCAGCCAGGGCCGCAUGCAACAACGCGCUGCUGACCCUGAGCUGGUGUGGCGGAGGUGGCGGCGGCGGCGCGGGUCCCGCGCUGCUGGAUCUUGGGCUGUCACCGUACCGUACAGAUCUAGAUCAGCUCGCAUCAGUACGACCUGAUGUCAUCCUAACGCAACUGCAGGGUUUGGGUCCGGAGCUAACCUCGGAGCACUACACCGCCGCCCUGGAGGAGCUGCUGGGCUGCCGGCCGGUUGUCGUACACAUGGGCUCCCGUGAUGACAUGGCGGGCGUGUGGUCAGACAUGCGGGCGGUGGCGGCGGCGCUGCGGCUGGGCGAGCAGGGGGAGAAGGUGGUGCGAGGUGGGGGCAUGGCACGAGGUGUGUGAUGUUUGGGGGCCCGGUGAGCCCGCCUUGCUCAAGAGCACACAGAGG